ACACACACACAUACUCUUGCUCGCUCUUUCUCUCUCUCUCUCUCUCUCCCUCUCUCUCUCUCUCUCCCUUUUCCACUCUCUCUCGUCUCUGUGGUUUGUAAGGUAGGUUGCAGUGUGUGUAUAUACACAAGAUCAAGCGCAGGAAAAUGGACUCAUUAGACAGGCAGGCAGUCAUUACCACUCACACUGUAGUUCCAGGGAGACUCCGAUUAUAAGAAGACAAACUCAGCUCUGGGGGACAAGGAGCUUGUUUAUUUUUGGGAACGGAUGGGAGAACGGAAAGGUUACAGUCUUGUGCGUCUCAACUACUUUUCGAGUCUGGGAGAAAGAAUAAGGAGCGAUAGAAAGUUCUGCUGCUGCAGCUUCAGACCCUCAGCACCUCGGCAGGCUGCCUGGAGUUACAUUUGGAUAGUGAAAUCUCAGCACCUUAACAAAACAGAGAGAUAAAGCGGCUCGGCAGUCUGCUCUGAUCCUGGUCUUGGGGCUUCAAGAAAAGGCGCUACAUGUGGGGCAUCUAAGGUUCCUGUUGGUCAGCUCCGCUCCUCCUGCUCCGCUACAAGAUUCCCUCAGAUAAAUCAGCGCGCUUAACAAGACAAAUCUCCAUCAGUGACUGCUGGCUGAAACGAGCGGGAUUCUGGGAUAGCGCCCAUGUUCAUGAGACACUUCAGGGGAGUAGGAAUGAGAAGCAGCCGUAGACCCCGCCACUCAGACCUGCCGCACUAACGAGCCUCCAUGCUGCCUCUCUCCCUUUUAUUCCCAAAUGAUUAUCUGCACUAAACCAGAGACCUGGAGUGAGCUACCCGAGGAGUGACACGGUUCCCUUCCUACUGAAGAAACGCAGGACAGCUGAAAACCAGAAGGCGUCUGUGGAGAAUGAGAUUACUCAGCCGAGGGAAGGCAGCGCCAAGCCGGGCCAGCCCUGCCAGAACUUUGUAGCUGUUCUGUUGCGGUGCCCAGCCAUAUCCACUCAACACAUACAGACAUCAAGCAACCAAUCAGCACGUGUGCACACACAAACAGAGUCGUCUGAUUGUGACAUCUGUUGCAAGGGGAUGACAGAGCGCAUUCAUAGUAUCAACCUUCACAACUUCAGCAAUUCUGUGCUCGAGACGCUUAACGAGCAGCGCAACCGUGGCCACUUUUGUGACGUGACGGUGCGAAUCCACGGAAGCAUGCUGCGGGCCCACCGCUGCGUGCUGGCCGCUGGCAGCCCAUUCUUCCAGGACAAACUGCUGCUAGGGUACAGUGACAUCGAAAUCCCAUCAGUGGUGUCUGUCCAUGCAGUGCAGAAGCUCAUUGACUUCAUGUACAGUGGGGUACUACGGGUCUCCCAGUCUGAGGCCCUUCAGAUCCUGACUGCCGCAAGCAUCCUACAGAUAAAAACCGUCAUUGAUGAAUGCACGAGAAUUGUUUCACAAAAUGUAGGUGGGGUGUACCCUCUAAUACAGGACUCUGGCCAAGAGACACCCAGGGGCACUCCAGAAUCGGGUACCUCUGGGCAGAGCAGCGACACAGAAUCUGGCUUCAUGAGGAACCACCGUCAGCACAGUGUAGACAGGAUCUACUCUGCCUUAUAUACAUGUUCCAUGCAAAAUGGCAGUGGGGAACGUUCCUUUUAUAGCGGAGCUCUGGUGAGCCACCACGAGACUGCCUUAGGGCUACCUAGACAGCAUCAUAUGGAGGAACCUAGCUGGAUCACACGCAUACAUCAGCGAUCUCAGCGGAUGGAGAGGUUUCUAACCAAUACACCAGAAACCACCCACUGCCGGAAGCAACCACGUCCUGUACGUAUUCAGACAAUGAUGGGAAAUAUACACAUAAAACAAGAGGUGGACGAUGACUAUGACUACUAUGGACAACAGAGGUCACAGGCCCUGGAACGCAAUGAGUCGGAAGAGUGCACUGAAGACACCGAUCAAGCCGAAGGCACAGAAAGCGAACCCAAAGGGGAGAGUUUUGACUCUGGAGUAAGUUCAUCUAUCGGCACAGAGCCGGACUCCAUGGAGCAACAGUUCAUGCCUGGCCUCGUAAGAGAUGGGCAGCAAGAUCCUUCCCAAGCAGAGUCAAAUAACUUGUCCACCGAAUGCGUAGAAAACCAGAACCAACAGCACUUAGAUACCAGCUCUUCCUCCCCUGAGAGGAGCAAUACAGUUGACAUGGACAGCACAGUGCUCAGUGUUAGCAAUAGCACCGAAAAGGGGGUCCUACAGACUUCUGUCUCCCAGUCAAUUGCGCAAGCUUUGCCAACCACUCAACUCUACUUACGUCAGACAGAAACACUCACCAGCAACCUGAGAAUGCCACUAACCCUGACCAGUAAUACCCAGGUCAUUGGAACAGCUGGCAAUACCUAUCUUCCGACCCUCUUCACUACGCAGGCAGCGGGGACUGGUCCAAAGCCUUUCCUCUUUAGUCUGCCACAACCUCUGGCUGCUCAGCAAACUCAGUUUGUGACGGUUCCCCAAGCUAGUUUGUCUUCAUUUCCUUCCCAAAUUCAAAACCAAUCAUCCCAAGGUGGACACAGCACAGGCAGCAGCCAAGGAGAAAAAAAGCCUUACGAGUGCACCCUCUGCAACAAAACGUUCACCGCCAAACAGAAUUACGUGAAGCACAUGUUUGUACAUACAGGAGAGAAGCCGCACCAGUGUAGCAUCUGCUGGAGAUCUUUUUCUUUAAAGGAUUACCUAAUCAAACACAUGGUGACGCACACCGGCGUGAGAGCGUACCAGUGCAGCAUCUGCAACAAGCGCUUCACCCAAAAGAGCUCCCUCAACGUGCACAUGCGCUUGCACCGCGGAGAGAAAUCUUACGAGUGCUACAUCUGCAAAAAGAAGUUCUCUCACAAGACGCUGCUGGAGAGGCACGUGGCUCUUCACAGCGCCACCAACGGCACUGCCAGCAUCCCAGUACCCGUUCCACCUUCAAACUCAGCUCCAGGAUCAGUUCAAGCUCCUGCCACCACCCCAGGACAAGGAUUGCCUCCAGCUCCCAGCAUGCCUCCAGCACCGGUCUUGCCUCCUACUCCGGUCUUGGCAUCUGCUCCAGUUUUGGCUCCAACUCCAGCCUUAGUUCCAGCUCCAAUUUUGGUCUCUGCCUUAGCACCGGCCCCAUCACUGGCUGCACCCCCUACCGCUGCUCCAACACCUAGUCCAGUUCUAGUCCCUCGCCCCGGGCCACCCAACGGCGCAACCACAGUAUGCUCUGAGGGCACAACGUACGUUUGCUCAGUGUGCCCGGCUAAGUUUGACCAAAUCGAGCAAUUUAACGACCACAUGAGAAUGCACGUUUCAGACGGAUAAAUACCAUCCAAUUCUUACGAACAAAAAAAACAAAACAAAAAAAACAAAAGCUAUGGCACUAGAAUUUAAGAGUUUUCUUUUUAUUUUUAGGGUUAUUUUUUUUUCUUUUUUUGACAUUUUGUACUACAUGAAGAACUUUAUUGCCUGCUGGUACAUUACAUUUCCGGAGAGUGGGUGAAUAUAUAUAUCUAUAUAUAUAUCAAGAUAUAUAACCUGCAUAUAUAUUUUAUCCAGUCUCCCUCAGAUGGUGGCCUUAAGGCCUGGUAGAUAUACCUGAAUUCUACUGGUUGGAAUUCUAACUACUGGCCUCUAAAUACAACCCUUCUUUAAAAAAAAAUACAAAAAAAAUACAAAAAGACACAUGAAAAAACAAAAAUUCAUGAAAAAUACAAAAACUGAACCCUUCCUUUUUCCACUUGUGUAGAGCACUACAAAAAAAAAACAAAUAAUAUAACAAAAUAUUCAGAAAGGCCUACUGUCUCUUAAUAUGCCGCCUACAGUGUUUUUUUCCAUUGCUUUUUACUUUCGGAUGGAUAUUUUUCUGCAUUAACCGCUCAGACUUCAAAGUAUCUGAUGGAUAAAAACUGCGCACUUAUUUUACUCCCCCCCCCCCCUCCCCAUUGCGGCAUUAAAUGUCAAUUUUUUGUGGAGGAGGAACAGGCAGUUAAAGGGGCUGGUAGGAGAGGACCAGAAUUAAAGCAGCCUCCCGGGGGAUUAUGGUCUGGUUCCUUCUGGCUCCUGGUUCUGCCUAAAUACCCACAAUCCCCCUGUCUCAUCGCCUUUCUUACCCGUCCAUGAAUUUCAUCUGCAGCUGAAGAAAACAAGAACUGAGAGAGAGCGACAUAAAAUGUGUAAGGGCAAAACAUGUGGCUGUGCUAAAAAAUUUUUCCUUUUUGUAACUUUUUGGGAUUUUUUUUUUUUACUUUUUGAAUUCUCAAGCAAAGGAUCUAUAAUGAUGGAAGCAACGUGUAUUCAAUCUCCGCGUCAUUCAUCCGAGUUCCUGAUGCAGUACAGGACAAGGGCACAAAUGUGUUGUGUCUACGGAACCAAUGUCACAGACUAAUAUCUGAGGUAUAGAAAAACAAAAAAUUCUGUUCUAAUUUUUGCACCUGCAGUCAGACUGGAGGUAAAAGCCGGCGCCAUUCUAAUGGUGUGUUCUGUUGUGUGUAUGAUGAGAGAUUUCCAUGUUGAGGGUUUGGGUGGGAUCGCUACAUCUCCUUGUGUUGGGUUUAUCUUUAUAAUGUUUUUGAAGGCAGACUGUUUCUUUUUGUAUUUUGCGUAGAUUAUACCAUUGUAUUUUUUGUCUACCCUUUCCGAGCACUUACGUUUUAGGGCCCAGUCCUUUUUGGAGCCCUGAUUCAGCCUUAUAUUCUUUAAAACUGCGCAGGGACAAGGAACAGUCUGCUUUUUAGCCAUUGAAUGGUUGCAAAAAUAUUGUAUAAUAUUGUAUGGAGGAGCCACAUUUUGGAUAUUUGCGAGAUUUCUCUGUUAUACGAUUUGCCAAACCCAUUCAGAACGGUCCCUGAUGCCACACAUGUCGAUUCAUUUGAGACUGCUAAAACCUAUAAGAGCAAAUCUACAGAAAGUUUACAAACUUUACUAAAAAAUUUACACAUUUUGCUACAAAAAAACAGUACAAACCACAAUAAAAAAUACCAAUUUUUUAUUUUAAAAAAAAUCCAAAAUUCCAAAUUAUAAUUUGUAAAAUAAAUUGACAACAGGUUAUCCCAAUAAUAGAAAAUUAGAGGUUUUUAUUUUUUUAUUU